UCUUUUUUUCCCACAAUGCUGCGCGGUAGGGGCUGUCGUGUGUGCGCUAUCUGUGGUGCUGAAGCUGCGCGUGCCUCUGAGGUUGCUACCAUACAAAUCCACCCGAGCAUCCUUCCGCGAGAGCUCCAGCAGCGAGGGAUGGUUUGUGGUCGACGCUAGGAGAGAUUCAGGAUGUUUCUGCCAGCUCUGGUGAUGUAAUGCGUCUUUUUUCUGUAUCUGCUGAAGUUCUCCUGGGUUAUUUCUCGUUUUUUUCUGUAAGUGCUGCACACGGGAGACGCGCCUGAAAGCCCAUUUUUUUCCCUCGGCUCGUCGUGUCUCCGGUGCCGCCGCCUGCCCUGCCUCCUUCGCCGCUCCGUCCUGCAUCCUUUAUGCACAGCACGCUGCUCCGGUCCUCCCCAACAAAGCACACCUUCGUGUCCGAGCACCAUGGCCCGCUCCAGCCGCUUUCACUGAGAGACAUGGAAGCCAAACAGCACCAGAUAAAGAGCCUGAAAAGCUACCCGGAGACCGGCGGUCGGAGCCUGGCAGCGGCCGCCGGAGGAGACGGAGGAGGGGGGUAUCGAGCCGGCUCAGCUGAAAUGGAGAUGGACUCGAAGAUCCAGAAAGCCAUCGAGUUCAAGGCGGAGGGCCAUCGCUGCUACAAGGAGAAGAAGUUCCGGGAAGCGAUAGGCAAGUACCACCGGGCGCUGCUGCAGCUCAAAGGGGUUCAUGUCGUGGACGGCACUACGGGCUCCGAGGUCAACCUGCUCAGCCAAGCCGCGGCCAAGCUGACCGAGGAGCAGAGGAGAGCCGUGGAGAGCACCGAGAUCGAGUGCUACGACAGCCUGACAGCUUGUCUGUUGCAGUCCGAGCUGGUAAACUAUGAGAGAGUGAAGGAGUACUGUCUGAAGGUCCUGAGCCACCAGAGAGACCACUUCAAGGCCAUGUACCGAGCCGGCAUCGCCUUCUAUCACCUGGGUGAUUACGAAUGUGCCCUACGCUACCUGCGUGACGCCAAAAACCGCGAACCCACAGACACCAACGUGCUCCGAUACAUCCAGCUGACAGAGAUGAAGAUGAGCAAGAGUGGACAACGGGAACGAGACAGCGGCAAGGAGACCCAGGGCUAACCUUUGACCUUUCCCCCCUCCUGAACCCUCUGACCUUUCAUCCUACAAGUUGUACCUCCCACUCUCCACUUUCUCUUCCUCCCCUGUUGACUCCUCCUGACGGCAACCCUGACAGAAGAGACGCAAUCGCCUGCCUGUUACAGACAAACACAUAUCAAGCGCUGUCUGCGACCCACCCUCUUUCUUCUUCCUCUCCCUCUUCUUCUCCCUCUUUCUCCCUCAGGUGCUGUGGUUCCUCUCCCUCGACGCAGUCAGCAAGGAAACUUUAAAAAAAAAAGAAGAAAAAUCAUGAAAAUACAUGGAAGAAGCUGUAAUAUAUACUCAUACAAACCCAUCAUUGUGGUGGAGUCAAAACGAAGCUUCAGCCCAUACACAUGACAGACAGACAUCUGUGUGAUUCAGCAGAUGUUUAAAAAACAUGGAAAGCAUUUUGUUUCUGCUCUCUCGCGCUCUCUUUUUCUCUCCGUUUUAUUCUGAACUCUCGAGGAGAAUUUGGGGGAUCUCGGGAAGCUCGACCACACCGGGAGGAGGGGCAGGGAUGCGUGUGGAAGUGUGUGAAACAGGUUUGGAGAAUAAAAAUGGGUGCGGUGAGGGGGUGUAUAUGUGUAUGAGACACAUGCCAAGACCACAUCCCAAUUUGAUUGUACAUCCUAACCCACCAGGUCUCACUCAGGCCACUUACCCAGACUAUGAGAUGGACUAAUAUAACAAGUAGAAAAAAAAAGCCUGCCUCCGUGCUUAAUCUAUCACUUUUCUGUCUGGAUUUUUCUUUCCUAGAUCCCAUCUAUCUCAGUUUCUUGACUGUUUUUUGAAUUUAAGGGCUAAUUCAAGUGUUUAUAACCCCGUAUUAGGCUUUUUUUUAAUUUGCUGUCAUACUCAGUAGUGAACAAUCGGUGGUUAAUAGCAUCUGUGUGUGCAGCAAAGAGCCUAAAUUCUCCAAGCGGUUCAUUCCGUUGCCUGAUGUACUUUCGUGCAAACUGGUGUGUCUUGAAUCUGUUGAAUCUCCUGGGUCGUGUGUCGUGUUACUGUUGUUGAGACUGUCGAAGCCCCUCCCUCGCUCCUUCUCAUCAAUUCCACCAUCCUCUGUUCUCCUGUUAAUGAUGUCACAACGGAAAAUAGCCAGUGAGAUCUGACUUCCAUCAGCUGCCGCUGGCUAGAUGGAGAUCCGCGAGAAAUUUUUUCAGAGAGAGAGAGAGAGAGAGAGAGACACUUUUAUCCUUUUAUCACUAAUGCUGAGGCUUCCCAGACAUCCAUAAACCACCACGGAGACUCUGGGCAGCGUUAGUGCAGGGAAAACGCACACACACACACAUACACACAUCUGGCCUGAUGGUGCAGACUGCCGUCUUGGAGCACUUCACCUAGAGUGAGUCAUUUGAGAUUUCUCCUGCUUACAGUUUACUGUAUGUUGAUAGAUUAAAACACCUGUGCCGGGCAGAUAACACACAACAUUAGCAUUGCAGACGAUCUGGUUUGUGGAUAUCCAUUACAAGCUGUCAAACUUAUCUUGUGACGUGUGAAGCUGAAUCAUUGAUAUGUGGCUUUUUAUAAUAGCUUUACCACAGGGUUAAAUCUGCCUGCUCUGUUCUGCAGAAGGCUGGAUUGAUCAUUUGUGAGAGCAUGACCUAAAAUAUCCCGUGAAAACCCAGUUUCCUCCUUAUCAUGUGCAAGCCCACCUCCUGCAUGUAACAUGCGGCUCCAGAGCGUUGCUUCAGAUGUUUUGGGAUUGGGAUUAUAUCUGCUCUAUUGCUUUCUGUCAUGGCAUGCUGCCACUCAACUGUUUGCUUAUACCUCUGUUUUAUCCAUUCUGCCCUUUAUAAACACAGAAGGUGGCGACAGACUGUGAUCACAGCAGUAGAAUAGGUAUGAAAUACUUCUUAAAAAUUAAGGUCACCUUCCGCCUCGACUAAAACAACUGAUUAGUCCACUGCUUAAGAGGCUGAGGAGGAAAUCAAGUCAAAUAACGGCAUUGGGUGAGGUUCCCCCCCCACCCCCUUCCCCGUUUAUUUCAUUGACCUGCUAUGAGGUAAAUAGGGACCUAAGUGUGUCAAUGGGACUCUGGAGAGACGGCACCACGCGCUGGAGAGACCGGCAUGAAACCGAGAGGCUCUGGUGGAGGGAGAAGUAGGCCAUCAUCAGCCCCACUAAAGCAGCUGCAUCUCUAAAUUGGCAGCAAAAAGCAAGUUUUGAGCUUAUUUAUCAUCAUACACUGCACUUAGAAAAAGUGUGUGGACACCUGAGCAUUAAUCUGCAGCCUGAGUUUGCUCCCAUUCAGCCACGAGAUCAUUAAUGAUGUUGGGCGACGACGAGGCCUGGCUCACAGCCGACGAGGCGUUGGAUGAAAGCGAGGUCUCGGUCUGCGUUGUUGUGCAAGCUGUAGAAUAAGAAAUGUAGCAGCAGCGUGCACCAGAUCCUGAAAAAGCAAAUCAGACGUGCACAAUAUAAACCUCUCUGAGGAACGCAGGCAAAAGUGAUCACAUAAGCAUAAACAUGGCUGUGGCUCAAGAGGUAGAACAGGUCAUUCACUAAUUGAAAAAUUAGUGGUUCAAUCCCUGCCUACUCUAGUCAGCAUGCCAAAUCCCAGGUUGCUCUCUAGUGUGCACAUCAGAGUGUGAAUGUUAGAUAGAAAGCACAUAGACACAAAGGUGAGCGGAUGAAUCCAAGUAUUGAUACCAGUGCUGUUAUUGGUAUAGGAUCAAUACUUUGUUUCUCUCCUUUUCAGUAAAUAGCCUAACAAAUUGUGUUAAAAUAAUUAUUUUUUGGGAGAUUAAAACAUACACCUUAAACGUGCACUAUAAAAAAUGUCUGAACCUUUUCGUGCUGACUAUCACAUCUAUUUUAUUUACAGCCUGAAGCACAUUUAAACAACAGAAGUUGAACCAAAGUGCUUUAUAGACGACCACAUUUACAUUCCAGCUCUCCAACAAACACAGUUUCAAAAUACCUGAAAGGCUGAAAGGUGAUUUAGUGGUCAUUAAAAUGUGUUUGGAAUUUGCAAAUUGACAAUGAUCCAUCUCAUAAAUCACAACACACCGCUUUAGCCCAAAUAAGCUGCCUUUAUAGGCUAAAACUAUCGAUAUCAGUAUUGGUAUCUGCAAUACUGGCCCUGUAUUUACUUGGUAUCGGAUCGAUACCAGAAUUUGCAGCAGAGCACAGCACUACUUCGACAUAGGUGCAGGAUUUAUGUCAUAAUUAUACAAAAAUAUAAACAUUUACAUGCAAGGCUGUCCACAUAUUUUUGUCCACAUGUUGUGGGAAAUUGUCUGAUUAAGUUUAAGGUUCUGUUUAAGUCUCCAUCUAUGAAUUAGUGCCACGAUCAGCAAUGCUGCUGCAAAGCCUGAGUGAAACAUUUGAUUUGUAUUGGUGUUGUGCAGCUCUGGGGUUAAUUAGGAUGAAAACACUGAAUGCAGAAGCUUUCCUUGCUCCUCCUUUAUGUUCUCUCUUGGAGAUAAAUCACCACAACAAGAAAGGAACGGCACCUGCAAGCGCCAUCUCCAUAACUACCUUGGCCGAGUCCCCUCACCCAGGUGUCCCCUCGAGGAUCGGUCUCCUCCCACGGUCCGCUCUCCACGGCACCAGCCCCCCCUCCCCCUUCCAUCUUGUUUUUGUCUUGCAGUGCUAAGUCAUUCUUGCUCAACUUGUACUACUGUACUACGACCGUCUAGGGAUUCCUAGCUGCACAUAAAACAGGAUUGUUUCUAGCUGAUUGGUUUCCUUGAUUAAUGACCAAGCUGACUCGGAGGCUGUUAUCGUAAGCAUAACCUGACAACAUGCUGUCUGUGCAAAUGGAGACGGAGACGCCGGAUCUCUGUGUCUGUGUAGCUUUGAAAACAAACAAAAAGCACAACAAAAAAGAGAGACGGGAAAGUUAAAAAAAAAAAUACUGGCUGUGUUACUUUAUUUUGGCUAUUUUUACUUUGAUGUCAUUUAAGGUAAAUGUUUGUCAAAUGUCAAAGUAGUUUUUGUGAAUAUAUGAUACAAAUGUACAAAAAAAAUAGAAAAAUGGAAAGUUUUAUGGUUGUGAAAAGCUUUACUUCACUAAAUUACUUUAUCAGCGGAAAAGAAAAGCAAGAGAUAGAAAAGAGCAUUUAACUACAGCUCCUUCACAGAGCUGCUUUGUGACUGUGUCUGUAUUUGUUGGUAUUUCUGUUGAUGUCCUUCAAGUCGAGGGAUACAGAUACUAUUCUGUUUCUGAACAGCGAGACGAGCAGUAAACACAGGAGUGGAUGACACUCUGAGGAACUUGGACCAGAGCUGCUUCUCAAAGCUGCAGGCCUCCAUCCUACCUGAAGGGACACAAAGCUGGGGUGUCCAGGCUAAAACUGUGUUUUUGUCUCUCCUCGCUGCCAAGAGGCCUUUCUCUUUUUCCCCUUUCAACUUUCAGACAUCCAACAGGCCUCCAUCACUGGUUUUACUGAACUGCUAGCCUGGGAAUGCACUAUUGAUUGGUAAAUGAAGAUUAUGAAUAAAGUUUCAAACAAA